AGAAGUAGUUAAAGAUACAGCUUCAAAGGAGAAGGAAAGAUACGAAGAGGCGAUGAAGGUGGCAGAGAAGGUUAAAGAAAGCAUGAUGCAUGAGGCUUUACACAGAAGAGAAGCAGAGAUCAAAGGAGAACGUGAUGCUAAAGAGAAAGAUAAGCUCCAGGCUUCUCUCGUCUCUCCAGGGAUCCAAUACCAACAUUACUCCUGGGAGGAACUCGCAGCUGCCACUUCUGACUUCUCUGAAGAUCUCAAGAUUGGUAUUGGAGCCUAUGGAACCGUCUACAAAUGCAAUCUGCAUCACACCACCGGUGCUGUCAAGGUUCUUCACGCUGGAGAAACUCAGCUCUCUAAACAGUUUGAUCAAGAGCUUGAGAUCUUGAGCAAGAUCCGUCACCCUCACCUCGUCCUUCUACUUGGGGCAUGCCCUGAACGAGGCUGCCUCGUCUAUGAGUACAUGGACAAUGGAAGCUUAGAUGACCGUUUGAUGCUAGUCAACAACACAUCUCCUAUCCCUUGGUUCGAGCGUUUCAGGAUUGCUUUAGAAGUAGCUUCAGCGCUUGUCUUCCUCCACAAAUGCAAGCCUAGACCCAUCAUUCACCGCGACCUUAAACCAGGAAACAUCUUGCUUGACCACAACUUCGUCAGCAAACUAGGUGAUGUUGGUCUCUCCACAAUGGUUAACCAAGACGACGCUGAUUCUAAAAUGACGGUCUUGAAGAAAACAAGCCCAGUGGGAACUCUCUGUUACAUUGACCCUGAGUACCAGAGAACCGGGCUCAUCUCACCAAAAUCAGAUGUGUAUUCUCUAGGUGUUGUGAUUCUUCAGCUGAUUACCGCGAAACCCGCGAUAGCCAUUACACAUAUUGUGGAAGAAGCUAUUGGUGAUGAUGCUGAGUUUAUGGGACUGUUGGAUGUUAAAGCUGGAGCUUGGCCUGUUAGUGAGACUCGUGAGUUAGCUGCUUUGGGACUGCGUUGUACGGAGAUGAGACGCAGAGACAGACCCGACCUUAAAGAUGAGAUCAUCCCGGCUUUGGAACGGCUUAGGAAAGUCGUCGAUAAAUAUCAAAACUCGCUCUCUAGAACUCCGUCUGGUCCUCCAUCUCACUUAAUUUGCCCACUUCUCAAGGUCUGAACCUAAUUUCUUGUACAACAAGAAACCUACAUGGUUACUUGCGUUUCAAGAAACCUUGUUUUCUUCUUGAUUUAACCUAACUUUUUGGUAUUGAUUACAGGGCGUGAUGGACGAGCCGUGCUUAGCUGCGGAUGGUUAUACUUACGAGCAUGAAGCCAUAGAUGACUGGCUGAGAGAGAAGGAUACGUCGCCGGUGACUAACCUUCCAUUGCCUAAUAAGAACCUUCUUGCCAAUUACACUCUUUACUCAGCAAUCAUGGAGUGGAAAAAAUCUAAUAAUCAAUAGUGAGAGAGAGAUUCAACAACAAGCACAAUCUACAAUGUUCAAGUCUUCACGGUUCUUUCAUGAAGCGUGCAAAAUUUCUCUACUUCAGAAUCAUACAAUAUGAUCAUUCUUAUGAAUCUUAUCGAACAAAAUUAGUAUUUUUAAUAUAAGAGCAUCUCCAAAAGACAUUCUGUAAUUUCAAAUAUGAAAUUUUUUGCAAUAAAAAAAAAAACUUUAAAACUUUAAAUUUGAAGUUUUAAGGAGUGAAACUCUAUAUUUGAAGUUUCACUGCUCAAAACUUCAAAUUUGAAGUUUCAUAUUUUUAUUUGUAUUUUGGUUCAUAUAAUCACAAAUCACUUUUAUGAUUCAUAAAUAUUUUCUCGUUUAUUUUUUUAAUCCUUAAAAAAAAUUACAUCUCAUAAAUAUUUUAAAUUUCACACAUAACAUUAAAUAAAACUUUAAAAUAAGAUUUAAAAUAUUUUAAACUAGAUUUAAACAACAAUAAUAUACAAAAGAAACUUAACAAAAAGAUUUUAAAAAGUAACAUGGAGACAUAACUAUUAUACAAAUUUAAAUAUUACAAUAACACUAAUAGCCAGGUAAGUUUGAUCCGGAACUUUCAAAAUUUUCAAAUAUUAUCCAAUUUUUUUUGUGUAACUGAAAAUGGUUGUUGUUGUUGUUGUUGUUGUUUUUGAUAUCUUUAUCUUGCAAUUCUUUCUUGUUCAUAUCUAAUAUAUUCACGAGUAUUAAUAUCAUCGAAAAGAAAUUAGUCUUUUAGCAAUAUUUUAUGUUUCUUUUUUACUUUCUUGUUCCGGUCUAAUGUAUUUACAAGUAUCAAUAUCAUCUGAUUUUAACAACUUUUAGCUCGUAAUUUACAAAGUAAAAAUAAGGAGAGCCAUUUUUACUUUGAAAUGCACUAAUAUAUUAUAUAUGCAUUACGAAAAUCAUUUUAUGGAAAAAUAUGGUAUUUUUUUUGAAGUUUAAUAUUAAUUAAGUUAUUUUUAUUUAAAUUUUUAUAUUUUAAUAGAAUAUUUUAUUAAUUAAUAUUGUUGUAAUAUGUUUAUAUGUGCUAGUUAUUUACAAAAGUUUUAGGGUUUCAAAUUAGUUAUGAAAAAUAUAAGGACCAUGUUAUAAAAUAGAAAUAGUUUUGAAGUUGAGUGUGAAGUUUUGCUUUUGGAUAAGAAAACCUUUAAAUUUCAAAAAUAUAAAGUUUUAGAAACUUCAAAAUAGAGUUUAUUUUUGGAGAUGCUCUAAGUGCAAAAGUAUUGAACUUACUUUUGUAGGUUAUCUAUACUCUCUCCAAAAGUGUGUUUAAGACUUCUGCACUUAUGUUAAAAAUAUUUUUAUCUCUUAUUAAUGUAAAUUCUAUGUGUUUUGUUAAUUAGUGAUUAAAGACUCUGGGUAAAAUUGAAUUUUUUUUUAUUUAAUAUAUAAUUGGAAAUAAAAAUGAUACUUUUAAUGAAACAAAAUUGUAAAAUAUAAGAACAAUUAAUAAUCCAAACAUGAGUGGUAUUAGGCAUAGACACAUUUAUCUGGAACCAAAAAAACUGAACCGAACCAAAAAACAAGGUUCAUAUUGGGAUCUUAUCAGUUAUUCGAGUGAAUUUUAUAUUUCUAGAACCAAAAAUCCAAAUUUAUAUAAUAUAAUUUAUAUACUUAUAAUAUUAACUAUAUUUAGGUUUAAACGAUCAAAAAAAUAAAAAUAUUAUUUAUUAAUUUAAAUACUCAAAAAUGAAUUACCAGAAUAAUUGUUAUUUGAAAUAUUUAAAAUUAUCUGAAUUAUCUAAAUUUUAUCUAGAAAUUUGAAAAUCUGAUAUUAAUCCCCAAACCCCAACUUUUUGACUUUUUUAAUCCAGAAUUAACCAACAAAAACGAAUUGAAAACAUAUUAGAUGGUUCUUAAUUUUGUUACCAAAACUGAACCAAUAACUAAAAUAAUUAAAUCUAAAUCGAAACGAAUUUUCUAAAUACCUGAACAGAUCAUAGACUUCUAGAACAUAAGAACUAAAGAUUCGAAUCGGAAUAGAACCAAAAAUUGAAUGCCCAGGGCUAGAGGGUCUAGUGGUAGACGAAAUUUCAGGAAGGUAAGUGAUCAGUUAAUUCGAAGCAACCCUACAACACUACAUGCCCACGCAUAUAUAGGUUAUGUUUUGGGUUUUAUUUGAAUAUCAGAAUGGAGAUCUAUUUGUGGGGUAAUCUUAAUUUGGGGAUUAGUUUGAGCCAUUCUAUAAACUAAUAUGGGAUGAAUCUCAAUUUGGAGAUUACUGUAAGUACUUUAAGAAACGUUGAGAAGUUGAUGUCAAACAAAAAAAGCGUCAAGAAGUUCAUGUGUGGAAAUACGGAACGGCAAGUUCGUUUGGAGUAUUCUGAGAUAUUGUUUCUUUAAACAGAUCUAUGUCCCUCAUUGGUCAAUUUAGUUUCUUUCGGACUUGUCUGAAUUAAUCAGACAAACUUAGAAUAUUUGUACACACUUAGGAUCUUUUCCCCACUAAACAACAUACUCCCUCCGUUUUUUAUUAUAAGUCGUUUUAGAGAAACUUUUUUGUUCCAAAUUAUAUGUCGUUUUCGGUUUUCUAUGUAAAAUUUAUUAAUAAUUAAUGUUGUAUGACCAAUGGUAAUAUAUCUUAUAUUUUUCUAUUGGUUGAAUUGUGGUUAGGUAAAUAGUUAAUGAUGUUUUUGUUUAAAAAAUAUAAAAAAUUAAUGGUUUUCUUAAUCUACGUGUAUAGCUGUAAAACGACUUAUAUUAAAAAACGGAGAGAGUAACAUAAGUAUUUGAACAAUAUUGUUGACUUUCUGUAAUUUUAAUGAUUAUAUUACACGAGCACAUACAGCUAAGAUUCAUCGGUAUAUCCUCUACGAUUCUUUAAGACUAUUAUAUCUCUAGUUCGUGCAAGUUUGAAAAAGAAGUUCGUGCAAGUUUUACUAUUUAUUAAAGCACGAUCAAAUAUACAUUACUACAUAUUUACAUGUUAUAUUCUGUGUUAUGGUAGAAUAAAUAAUCGUAAGUAUAAUACAAAAAUGGUAAAAAUUAAAAAAAAAAAAAAAAAAAA